AUGGCUGCCAGAGCCCCCGAUAAUAAUCCCAAGGCGCUCAGCGCCAAAGAAUCUGACAGUGCCCAUGGUUCCGCUGGCGGCAACAGGACCACAUCCGGGGGGGCUAAUGCAGCAAUCUCUGGGGCAGAAUCCGAUGACGACGACGCGGACGAAAACAUAACUGAAUCUACCGCUGCCGCUGGUGAAUCUGGUGCCACGGAAAAGAAGAAGAAGAAGAAGAACAAGAAGAAGAAGAAGACGAAGAAGGCUCCGACUGCCCAGACCGAACCUCCGUCAGUUCUCGUGUCCCAAUUGUUUCCGAACGACACAUACCCUCGAGGCGAAGAAGUCGAAUACUCCAAUGAGAACCGAUAUCGUACUACCAACGAGGAGAAGCGUCAUCUAGAUAUGCUUAAUAGUGAUUUUCUUUCUGAUUAUCGUCAAGCAGCCGAGACGCAUCGUCAGGUCCGCCAGUGGGCACAGAAAAAUAUCAAGCCAGGUCAGACGCUCACCGAGAUCGCUAAUGGCAUUGAGGACAGCGUUCGUCGUUUAGUCGGACACGAUGGCCUAUCCGAAGGCGAUGCAAUUCACGCUGGCAUGGCUUUCCCACUUGGCUUAAACAUUGAUGAGAUUGCUGCCCACUUCAGCCCAAAUAGCGGCAACAAGACUGUCCUUCAGCAUAAUAAUGUGAUGAAGAUUGACAUUGGCGUGCAUGUAAAUGGCCGCAUUGUUGAUAGCGCCUUCACAAUGGCGUUUGAUCCGAUGUAUGACAAUCUCCUUGCAGCUGUUAAGGACGCGACAAAUACUGGCGUCCGUGAAGCCGGAAUUGACGUUCGACUUGGCGAGCUUGGUGGAUACAUUCAGGAAGCCAUGGAAAGCUACGAAUGCGAAAUCAAUGGGACAACCUACCCAAUCAAGCCGAUUAGGAAUAUAACCGGCCAUAGCAUCUUACACUACAGCAUCCACGGCUCAAAGAGCGUUCCCUCUGUGAAGACGAACGAUACCACCAAGAUGGAAGAGGGUGAUGUCUUCGCCAUUGAGCCCUUUGGUAGUACUGGAAAAGGCAAGGUCUACGAUCAGGGCGAAGUCUCACAUUAUGCUCUACGCAGUGAUGCGCCUAAAGUGGACUUGCAUCUCUCUUCUGCAAAGUCGUUGCUGUAUAGCAUUAAGAAGAAUUUCAGUACUCUUCCCUUCUGCCGACGAUAUUUGGAUAGAAUCGGGCACGAGAAAUAUCUACUCGGUCUAAACCAUCUAGUCAAAUCCGGCAUUGUCGAGGAUUAUCCCCCUCUGGUUGACCAGAAGGGGUCAUACACAGCCCAAUUUGAGCAUGCCAUCAGGCAAGCGCCUCUGCUAGGAGUUACCGCUGCAGCGGCCUCCCUCGCUCUAUAUUUACAGAUUCGACCAACUCUUCGCGAUGUGCAACAUCUUCCUGAAGAGCAGACGAUUACGCGGGCUAGGACUCGUGUGGAAGCAGGCAAAGGCCAACCAUCAGCGGAUGCGAAGGCCCCGGAGGAUGAGCUACCGUACUCGAUGGAUGCCUUUCCUGGAGGAAGACAGUUCAACACUAUAUAUGGAACGAUCCAAGUGUUUGAAUGGGGCCCUGAAAAUGGGGAGAAAGUCUUGAUGAUGCACGGUCUCAGUACUCCGUGUAUAGCAUUGGGUGAUAUGGCGAAAGAAUUUGUCAAAAAGGGCUACAGAGUCAUGAUUUUUGACUUCUUUGGCAGAGGCUACUCAGAUACGCCAAAUGACUUAAAACAUGACGCCCGGCUUUACACUACUCAGAUUCUGCUUGUUCUCUCAUCUUCGCCGCUGUCCUGGACUGGAUCGUCUGCCUUCCACAUUGUCGGAUUUUCUCUCGGCGGGUCAGUGGCCGUAGCAUUCGCUGCCUACCACGCGAGUAUGCUUCGGUCUGUGACCCUCAUCUGCCCGGGAGGGCUAAUCCGUACAUCGCACAUAAGCCCCCGAAGCCGAUUUCUCUACUCGUCAGGCAUAAUACCAGACUGGUUUCGCCUAAGGAUCCUCCAUAGCAGCCUGGAGCCGAGAAAUGGCGCACCGAGUGCAGACGUCCCCGAACAGGUCAAGGACGCUGAAGUCGACUUUGACGACGUGCCUAUUGCAGCUGAUCGACAUGGUGUGAGAAUCGGCGAUGUGGUUCGAUGGCAGUUAAAGAACAAUGAUGGAUUUGUCUCUUCUUACUUGAGCUCCCUGCGUAGCUCUCUCGUCUUCAGACGCCAUGAUGGAAUCUGGAGAGUGCUUGCGGAUGAACUACGGCGACGACGAACAACGAAUGCACCACCGGGUCUACCGAGUGGACGUAUCUGCCUCAUUAUCGCGGAGAGUGAUGCUAUUGUUGUAAAGGACGAGUUAGUAGAAGAUGCUGAAGCGCUUCUCUGUAGAGAGUCUGUUGACAUGAGAGUUUUGAAGGGGGGUCAUGAGAUUGCCGUGUCGCGUGGUAAAGAUGUGGCAUCAAUAGCAAUGGAAUCUUGGGAUAGAAAACAUUAG